AUGAUGGGCUUUCGUAUCGGUGCGGACGCGUGGGGGCAGUGGCGGCGGGACUUGGAGGCAAGCUGCAGAGCGGCACUCACGUCACCGUCAUCGAAUAAGGAUGUAGCGGAAGAAGAUUGCGUGCAUGCUUCACUCGCGCGGUCGUGGCAAGUUGAGCUUCUGGCACGCCUGGACGAGCUGGAGAGUCAGUUUGAGCGUGACGUACAGCAGCAGCAGCAGCAGCAGCAGGGAGAAGCUGCGCACACACCCGAGACGUUGGUAGAAUGUUCCAUUGCGACGCCAUCUCCGCCACCAUCACCACCAAAGGCGGGGGCGGUAGCAGAUGCAGAGGUGAUACCCGUGGACGUGAGCCGUGGGACACAGAGUGGCCCAAUACGUGAGAAACGGAGUCUGGGGACGCAGCUGUACGCAGUGCGUGGGAUAUUGCUCUCCCGUCAUGUGCUGCAACGCGUUCGAGCGGAGCGUAGUUGCAAGGGACUCUCCGCAGUUAUCGGUCAACUGGCGCAGACAAUGUUUGUGAUGUCCAAUGACUUCAUUGCCGCGCUGUGCGCUGUUGUAAAAAUAUCCGGCGAGCGCCACGGCGGCGCUUUGGUUGCUGUGCAGGAUUUGAUCCCGCACCUUCGCGCCACCACGGUGCGCAUGAUGCUAGCCGAGCUCGGCGUUCUUGGCAAGUGCGGCUGCAAGGAGGAUCUGGGGAACGACGUGGACGGCAUAAGCCAGCGGGUGGUGGAGACGCUCGCGGAGGCACUGCAGAAGGUGGGUGACUUCGACAGCGCACCGCCGUCGUCCUUGUACCCGUCGUCGUCCGGCGACACAGAAGAGGCACGGCGACUGUUCCCCUUUCUCUGUCGUCGUUGUCGCCAGGACGGGCGGGACACCUACCUUUACGACAAGCAGGCGAAGCGGCUGCAAGAGGUGACGCCAUGGCAGACGACGCAGCGGCAACAACAACAGCAGCAACAACAAUUGUCACAGCUGUCGCUGCAGAUGCACCAAGCGCGGUCUCCUGGGCUGAGGCCGCACGACACAGCACACUUGGUGGCGCAGCAUAGACUGCUGCAACGCCUGCUGCCAGCACCGCCGCCGCCGCCGCCGCCGCUGGGACACGCGCAGGCAACGAGCGUCUUGCCGCUGUCGUCUUGCUGCCUCGACGGUUGUCGCGUGUCCUGCGGGGUUGUCACUCGCUCCUUGUCGCGGCCGCCGCUGUCGCAACCACACAAAAUAGUGCCGCCGUCUUCGUCGCCCCGCGCCGUGCAGCACGAUGUGGUCACGGGCACACGCGGGUGGAAGCAGUGA